AUGGCUGAAAACUUAUGGGAUUAUAAUUUUAAUGGUGGUUCUCAUGAAUUUGUAGGCAUGGAUCUUUCCGCUUGUGAUGGUUUUUUUGUCUCCUGUUUUUUUAGAAAAGGAAACACACAUGCUAAUGAUGUUUAUGAUCAAAUUAUUGUAACAAACGAUAAUGGCCCACUCCAAAACGAUCAUGUAAUAUCACUUGCAGUCGCAGCUCUGGCUUUUUCCAUGUUUGUUCAUGAUAAUCAAAAUAUUCCAAUAGGAGAAGUGUGUAAAAUUGGUAAAAUAAUUAAAAAGAAAUUGAAUAAUCAAAAAAAUCUAUACCGAGUACCAAAAAGUAUUAAUUCUGAUAAAGAAAACCAAGAAUUAUCAGAAGAUUCAAUAGAUUAUUUAAAAUAUCCUAAAACUCGAGAAAAGAUUCAAGCCACUAUUAAUUCUUUGAAUAAUGCACUCUCAGAUAACGACUAUGGUGCAAUAUUUUUUGAAAAAUUUUUAGCAGGAGUUAAUCAUUUUUAUGUAAAUAAAGUAUAUACCAAACCAAAGAAACACUAUUUUAAAGCCCAAUAG